AUGUAUAAACAAAUAUCAGAAAAACUUAAUAUCCCAUUAUCGUCUUCUCAAUUUAUCGUCUUUAAAUAUAAUAAUUAUAAUACUUCAAAUCGUAAAAUUGGUACAGGUAAAUUUUCAAAGAUUAACAGAAGUGAUUAUGAAAUAAUUAAAAAGAUAAAAAAUAAAAAAAAUUUCAUCUCCUAA